GAGGCGGAGUGGCGCGUGACACAGGCGCGGGGAUUCCGAACGGCGGUGCGGGAGGGAUCGGUCGGCAGCGAUGCCCAGGGUCACGCUGAGGGGCGUCACGGUGGAUUUCCCUUUCCAGCCCUACGAGUGCCAGGAGACGUACAUGACCAAAGUGCUCGAGUGUCUGCAGACGAAAGUAAAUGGCAUUCUAGAGAGCCCUACAGGUACGGGGAAGACCCUAUGCCUGCUCUGUUCCACUCUGGCCUGGAGGGAACACUUCAAAGAUACCAUCUCAGCCCGCAAAAUUGCACAGCGUAUGAAUGGAGUCGAACUCUUCCCUGACAGACCCAUGUCCUCCUGGGGCAAUGCUGCCACGGAUGGUGACAUCCCAACGUUUUACACAGACAUUCCUAAAAUAAUUUAUGCAUCCAGGACUCACUCUCAGCUUACACAGGUCAUUAACGAAUUAAAGAACACAGUCUACAGGCCAAAGAUAUGUGUUUUGGGUUCCAGAGAGCAGCUUUGCAUCAAUCCGGAGGUGAAACGACAGGAGAGCAACCACAUGCAGAUCUAUAUGUGCCGAAAGAAAGUGAUGGCUCGUGCUUGUCAUUUUUAUAACAAUGUGGAAGAAAAGUCUACAGAGAAAGGACUGAUGGACUCAAUCAUGGAUAUUGAAGACUUGGUUAAAAAUGGAAGCAAGCACAGAGCUUGUCCUUAUUAUCUCUCUCGAAGCCUGAAGCAGCAGGCAGAUAUUAUUUUCAUGCCUUACAACUAUUUAUUGGACGCAAAGAGCCGACGAGCUCACAACAUAGAGCUGAAGGGGACCGUGGUAAUACUUGAUGAAGCUCAUAAUGUGGAAAGAUUGUGUGAAGAGUCGUCGUCUUUUGACCUGACAGCCUAUGAUUUGGCUUCAGCAAUUGAUGUUAUAAAUGUAGUGCUGGAAGAACAAGCCAAAGUAGUUCAACAGAAUGAAGUAAAUGCUGAAUUCAAUAUGGAGAGCAUCAGUUCAGGGCUGAACAUGGAACUUGAAGAUAUAGCAAAGAUAAAGAAAAUUCUUCUUCAGCUAGAAAGUGCAAUUGAUGCAGUGGAGCUGCCACCAAAUGACAGUGGAGUCACCAAAGAUGGAAGCUACAUCUUUGAACUGUUUGCACAGGCCCAAAUAACGUUCCAAACCAAAACCUCACUCCUGGAGUCACUAGAUCAGAUUUUACAGUUUCUUUCAGGCCGCACUGGGAUAUUUAUCAAUACCUCUGGACUGCAUAAACUCUCAGAUAUUAUCCAGACUGUAUUCAACAUUGAUCCUCCAGAAGGCACAACAAGUUUUGUACCACCUCAGUCGAUAUCCAGAUAUUAUAAGGUACACAUUCAUCUGGAUAACAGUAAUCAGAAGAAGAAGAAGGAAAGGACAGAUCUCUGGGAUUCAUCAGCUGCAAAAAAACAAGGAAAGACCUUAAGCUAUUGGUGUUUCAGCCCUGGAUAUAGCAUGCAUGAGCUUGUUCGACAGGGAGUCAGGACAAUUAUCCUUACUAGUGGGACUCUCUCCCCUCUCUCAUCGUUUACAAUGGAAAUGCAGAUCCCUUUUCCUGUUCUCUUGGAGAAUCCUCAUGUUAUUGAUAAACGCCAGCUCUGGGUUGGAAUCAUUCCCAAAGGACCUGAUGGAACUGUACUCAAUUCUGCUUAUGAGAGAAGAUUUUCAGAGGACUAUUUAUCUUCUCUGGGGAAAACCAUUGGUAAUCUUGUGCGAGUUGUACCUCAUGGAUUGCUGGUAUUUUUCCCAUCAUAUCCUGUCAUGGAUAAGAGCCUGGAAUAUUGGAGAGAGCAUGAUUUUGCUAAAAGAAUAGAAGAAGUGAAGCCAAUGUUUGUGGAACCCAGGAAUAAAGGAAGCUUUGCAGAGGUAAUGGAUGCAUACUACAGUAAAAUUGCCUGCCCUAAGUCCAAUGGAGCUGCUUUUUUGGCAGUGUGUCGAGGGAAGGCCAGCGAAGGCUUGGACUUCGCAGACAUGAAUGGACGAGGAGUCAUCAUUACUGGCCUUCCAUUUCCUCCUCGGUGGGAGCCCAGAGUUGUUUUAAAGAUGCAGUUCUUGAAUGAAAUGAAAAAAAGCAACAUGGGUGCACAGUGUUUAUCUGGGCAUCAGUGGUACAAUCAGCAAGCUUCCCGAGCUGUUAACCAGGCUAUUGGCAGAGUCAUCAGGCAUCGCCAGGACUAUGGUGCUAUCUUCCUAUGUGAUGACAGAUUCACAACUGAUAAUGUAAGAGGCAAGCUGCCUUCCUGGGUCCGCCCUUAUGUGAAUGUUUAUGACAACUUUGGGCAUGCAGUCAGAAGUGUCUCAGUCUUCUUCCGUGUUGCUCAAGAAAUUAUGCCCCCGCCUGUGGCACAAUGCCUUUCUGGCUCUGCUGUUACCCUGAGUGAAAAUGAUGUGGAACCUUCUACUUCAUCUGAGCGGAUCCUCUCCCUGCAGAAAGCCAAAAUUUUGGAUGACCAUGUUCCCAGUUUGAAGAGGAAAAGGAUAGUCAUAGAAAGCAGCUCUGCAAGAGAUGGAAGAGGAGAUGAAACAACACAUCUUUGUGGAUUGCUCAUAGUGCCAGUAAAUGGAGAUGGAGCAUCCAACCUCUGUACAGAGUAUGAACAAGAAAUGAACUCACCUCGAAGACGAUGUAUUGGGCUUUUGGAUGCAUUGGAGCGCAAUGAGAAGAACAGCAAAGAGGCAGAGGAAGAUGAUGGUUUGUCAGGGGAGGAAAAGGCACAACGUCUGUCAACGCUUUCCCUUCAGUAUGAGAAGAGGUUAACAGAUGAGCAGAAAGGAGGAAGGAAGAAAAUAAAGCUAGUCAACAAUCCACUAGCCAGUAAGAUAGCAGACCCAUCUGAGCCAAAGAAGGCCCGAGCUACCCUAUACAUUGCAACAGUGAAGAAGACCCUAAGCCAACAAAGCUACAAUCUCUUCUCUGAGGCUCUUCAGCGCUACAGGACCACAGCUGACUUCAAUACUAUGUUAUCUCAAAUGAGUUCCCUCUUUACAGAGGAUGAAAAAAAGCAUAUCUUGUUGCGAGAAUUUUAUCAGUUUGUUCGACCUCACCAUAAAAAACAGUUUGAUGAAGCAUGUUGCAAUCUGACCGGAGUGGGCUGUGGCUACAAACCUGAGCACAGCCUCCUGCUGGAAGAGAGAGAGGGGCUGGCAAAGAAAAUAGAAGAAAAAGAGAGCUGGCAGAAAACAACGUUCUCAGAGAACUCCUGCAGUCAGCUGAAUCCUGGACUCCACUUGAACCAGGGAGGAUUUCACUUGACAACAGGACAGACCAGUGCAGCACAGUGGACCAGCACCAGCUCACUGUCUGUAGGUAGGAGUGAGGGUAACUGAGAAUUUUCAGCAACGAUGGUACAAAACAAACGCAAGUUAGUAACUUUUACUAAGGUGGAUGUGAAAGGAACCAACUAAAGACAGAAGUCUGCACUAGGUGUUGACCUAUGCCUGUCAGCGAGGGAGAGGGUGAGUUGAUGAGAGUACUGCGUUUCCUGUUUGCCCAGGGUUUGUGAAUGGGAGAUAUUUGGGGAAUGUAAUUUUAGAGAGGUCAGUGUGAAUUUAGGUAUAAAACAAAAUGCAGUUCCUGUUUUGUUAUCAGGAAUGCAUACAAUUCCGGUGUGGACACUCCGUUUUCUGCAGAAACGGCGACCAGUAAAUAUAUUCUCAUAGUUACACAUAAUCUCUACCUGUAUCCUUCUAAUCUCUUACUGUCCAGUAUUUACCCUUGAAGUCAAAUGCUCAGUUCUGUUUUGGUUACUGAUCUUCCUGAGAACAGCUGGGAAUUUUCUGCAUUUCUUACAAGGAAAUGAGUAGGAUAGUUGGGCAGCUUAGAUGUCUGUCUGAAGAGAGAGUAAAGAAUAGUCAGACUAAUCCUUUCUUUUUAAAAUAAAAAUAAAUAAAUAGAAAGCCAGUGAUUCUUGGAAGGCUUUUGAAAGCUAUUCAUCUGUGAGGCCAUGUUACUACUUUUGUUUAGUUUCCUGGUUUUAUUUUGGAUUUUAAGAACUCGGGCAUGAAACAAUCUUUGGUACCUUCUUUUUUUUCCUGAGAUCUGUGGGAUUGAUCUGCACAGAAAUUUGUUUCUGCUAAAAGCAAUUAAGAUAGCAGGAAUAAAUGUAUGUAGUAGUGCUGUGACUCACUCCCUGCUGGGAAGGGUCUGCUCCUGUGAGAAGCUGCCAAAGACAAAAUUCACACCUGUCUUCUUUCCCUUUCCAGUAGUUGAAGUCAGUCCAUCUUUUAAAAGUUCGUUAUCUGCUGUGAAGGAUAAAGAUUUAAAUACCAAAAUAUGUGGUUGGUUAAUUUAAAUCAGCUUAUUAUAUAUUUUACCUAUGUUUACAUACCUCUAGUAUGCAAAGCAUACUGUUUUGCUCUAAAACCUGUCAGAAACAAAAAACUGACACUUUGAAGAGAAGUCCACUCAGGGUUUAGCGAGAUGUUCUUGGCUACACCUGUCUUCUCUGCUACUCUUGCACUGUACCAUCUAUUUCAUUAUUUUGGGUGGGUUGGUCUCUUUUGACAUCUUGCUUUCCUGUUGGAGGUGCAAAAGGCCACCUCUUCUCUUAGUAUUAGAAAAAGAAAUAUAUCUUUAAAAUUGCAGUCAGGUUUACUUGCCUGUGUAUCAUGCCAGUGUCGUUGGGUAAGCCAUCUAUUUAUAAUGCUUGUGCUCCUUUAAAGGAUAGCACGAAGUGUGAUUUGCUGCUGACCUCCAUGCACAGUCUCUUCUGUGUUACCUAUUUCUCAUCCCACCCAGUGACCAUCUGACACACUGCUCCAUUGGAAAGAUUUUAAACUCCCAAAGAUGCUAAUGAGGUUCCCCAAAAUUCAUUUGCUCAGUUGGUGUUGCCAGGAGCACCAAGGUCGUGUCUGAGCAGGGCAUGUGGCUGUGCAAGCAGCAGUAGUUUUGAAGUAGCUCAGGAACCCCUCUCUGAAUGAGGAGAAAUGAGUACA